GUAUCUCCGUUCACAAAUUUCCUAUCUUUGUUCUUUAAAAGCAAAGUGGAAAAAAAACACUACCAGUUGUCCUGAUUCUUGAUCAUAUCAUAAAAAAGUCUUUUCUAAUUAUUCGAAUUCUGCUUUCAAUUCAAGAACUGAAAUCAACAGCAAGAUAGAUUAAUCAACAAUGGAAGCAGCUUACUACAUACGAAGACACCACAGGCAUAACCCUAACGAUGAACAGUGCAUUUCUGUUGUCGUUAAACACAUCAGAGCUCCUGUUGAUAUCGUUUGGUCGUUAGUUAGGAGAUUUGAUCAACCUCAAAAGUAUAAGCCUUUUGUGAGCAGGUGUACUAUGCAUGGGGAUCUUAACAUAGGCAGUGUUCGACAAGUGAAUGUCAAAUCAGGGCUUCCUGCCACCACCAGUACUGAAAGGUUAGAACUUCUUGAUGAUAACGAACACAUCCUUGGCAUCAAAAUCGUUGGUGGUGACCACAGACUAAAGAAUUAUUCCUCAAUUCUGACUGUUCAUCCAGAGAUAAUAGAAGGAAGAUCAGGAACAUUAGUGAUUGAGUCAUUUGUGGUUGACAUUCCUGAUGGAAACACAAAGGAUGACACGUGUUACUUUGUGAAGGCGUUGAUUAACUGCAAUCUUAACUCUCUUUCAGAAGUGUCUGAACGGAUGGCUGUGCAGGAGGACCAGAGAGGGUAGCCAAACAUCUUGUGGUCUUAAUAAAAGUGUUAGUGUUAGUGUCUCAUUGCAUUUAAACUUUUUUUUUUUAAAUUGAAGCAUUUUCUGCAUUAAGUUAUGUAAAUAUAGUAGAAAAAGAAGCAGCUCAUUGUUUGCAGAACAUUGGUGAAGGUCUGUGAACAUUUGGUAGUUGAUGCUAAUAUUUGUUAUAAAUAAUAAUAAUAUAUGGUGGUGUUUUUACUUUUUAUGCAAAA